AUGGAAGUCGAGACCGAGAACAGCACUGCACUCGUACGGCCGCCGGAAGCGGAAGGGGAGCGGCCACGCUCUUCCUUCAGGGAUAUGCUCAUGGGAGAUGCUCAGCAACCCUCGCCGAAGAUGGUAGAAGACCUAUGGGAGACUGGCAAGAUGAAAGUGACGUAUGUUAAUGGUAACAUGCAACUGCCGCGACUUCAUGUGGACAAAUCAGUGAUUGAUGGCAUGUGCUCACCUUGGAAGGAUGACCUUGUAGUUGGUCUCCUGGGAAAGAAACUUGGGUUUCGCUUGAUGAAGACCCAACUGAGCGCUAUGUGGAGGUUGUCCGGGGAGUUUGAUCUCCUUGAUAUUGGCAAUGGCUUCUUCAUGGUUAAGAUGGACAGGGCGGAGGACCGGAAGAAAGUAAUGGAUGGAGGGCCCUGGAUGGUGUUCGAUCAUUAUUUAGCGGUGGCUCCAUGGAGUAAGGACUUUAUCAGCCCGGCUGCUAAGAUUACAACUACCUUGGCUUGGAUCCGUGUCCCAGACUUGAAUGUGACAUUCUAUGAUGAGAGCUUCCUAAUGUCCAUGGCGAAAUUGAUAGGCACACCAGUUAAAGUGGACAUAAACACGUUGAAGGCAGAGAGGGGACGGUUUGCUCGUAUCUGUGUUCAGCUUGAUCUCACCAAACCUGUUGUGGGCAAAUUCUGGUUUGAAGGCUAUUGGUAUAAAAUUGAGUAUGAGGGGCUGCACAUCAUAUGCUCUAAGUGCGGUUGUUAUGGCCAUCGAGGGCGUGAAUGCCAUAAUCCCCCACCUAUCCAAGUGCCAGAGUCUGAGGCUACGCCACCGUUCGGGAAUGCGCCGUCGUCGGUCACACCUGAAACCCUAGGGAACACGCCUCCACAACCUGAAUCAACCCUAGAGGGUGGCCCCACUUCUGAUGCUGGAAUGGUAGGUGCGGAAUCUAAGGAGAUUCCUCUAACGGCUGAUACCGAGAGUGAGGGCAUCACGGAAACAAAAAAGCAGGAAAUUGAGGAGGUGGACCCCAGUGUCUUGGAGGUCGCAGGUGAUUGGCUUGUGGUUUCAAAAAGAAGUAAAAAGAAGAAACAUAUUUUUCAGUUUGGGGGCCCACGGGCUACCAAGGAUGUUGGAGCCAAUAAAGCAAGUCAACGUUCAGAUGCUCCUGAGAGUGUGCGCCCUGGGAAUGCACGUGCUGGUAGCAAUCAUUUGGCCGCAAGCCAAGAUGUGGGGAGUGGUGGGCCCGCUCCUAUUAAGUCUUUAGGAAGUAAAAAACGACGUAAAGGUGAUGAUGCCAUACGCACCUCUUUUGCUUCAUCCAACCAUGUUGCCGGUGGUAGACUUGAGGGACCCACAAAGUACCAAAGCCAGCCUCUUACCAUGGGAGGUCAGGUAUUCAAUGCUGGGACUGGGUCCUUGAACUCUCCAAAUAUGAUUUUGUUGAAGAAUGCUGCUGGUGCUUCUCACACGAAGCACUUGGGAACGAAUGUAGAGGGUCCAUAUGAACCUUUUGGACAAGAGCAGGUGACUCAAUAA